CUUUUUUGACCCAUGGGACCAAGAGCAAGUUUGUGUUUGCAAGCUCCUCGAGAACCGCGGAGAUGCUUUUCAAGUAAAUAGAUCCAAACGCGUUUCGAUGCAUUAAGUUCUAAUCAUUUCCUCCUGGAGCCUUUGUUAUAGUCGAAACAUUGUGCUUGCAUGAUUGGCAAGUACAUUUCUCCUGAGCAAGUACCAGUGCAGUAUGGUGGCCUGAGUGUAGAUUAUUGCGAUUGCGAUCCCGAAUUUACUGUUUCCGACCCUGCAACCGAGAUGACAGUUAAGCCGGGGAUCAAACAAAUUGUGGAAAUCAUAAUCUAUGAGAAAUGUGUUAUCACUUGGGAGCUCCGUGUUGUUGGGUGGGAAGUCAGUUAUGGUGCUGAGUUUGUGCCUAACUCUGGUGGAUAUUCAAUCAAUAUCCAGAAGCCCAAGAAGAUGUCACCUGCGGAUGAGCCGGUGGCGCAUAGAACGGUCAAAGUUUCGGAACUUGGCAAAGUGUUGCUAACUGCUGAAAUGGCAUGGCGAUACAUUUUCUUGUACGAGACAAUUACAAACUCCGUCACCAUUAGUCUUAUUUCUCCUUCUAGAAGAACCUAG